AUGGACGAAAAGGACACAAACAACCCGCCUCACGCCCUCCCACCCGAACCCAUUAUCAACCACGACACCAGCUCAGACACCGACGCACCCCCGCCCCCCUCCACCACCACCACCCCCGCCACCGUCACAAUCAUAACCGGCACCACCCCGCGCACGCUACACGGCGCACGCUGGUUCCUCGUCUGCGUCGCCAUCUUCUCCGCCAACCUGCUCUACGGGCUCGACACGACCAUCGUAGCCGACCUCCAGGGGCGCGGUCUCGGAAACCUUCGACAACGUGACCCAGCUCGGGUGGCUGGGGCGACGCUGAAUCUCUCGACCCUUCUCACCUCGCCCAAGGAACAGCCGUUUUAUGUUGGGUUGACCGGCUUUGUGUAUGGCAGCGGGUGUGUCUUGGGCCCUGUUGUGGGCGGCGCCCUUGCGGACAGUGCUGCGACUUGGCGUUGGGCCUUCUACCUCAAUCUCUGCAUCUUCGCGGCCGCCGCCCCGGUCUACAUCUUCCUCAUACCCUCCCUCCCGCGGCGGCCCAGCCCCUCCUUCACCAGCAACCUGAAAAGCAUGGACUGGCUCGGCACGCUCCUCACCGCGGGGCUCUGCUCAGCCUUCACCGUCGCCUUCUCCUUCGGCGGCGUGCUCUGGGCGUACAGCGACGGACGCACCAUCGCGCUGAUCGUCGUCUGGGUCACCUGCACCCUCGCCUUCGGCAUCACACAAAAAUACUCCAUCCUCACCACCCCGCUCGACCGCCUCUUCCCGGGCGAGUUCCUCCGCGACCCCCAGCUCAUCCUCCUCUACAUCAUCAUGUCGCAGCCGUGCGCCCUCCUCCCCUUCAUCUGCCUGUACGUGGCCACCAUCCUCGCCUGCGGCGCCGUCAUGGGCCGCACCGGCUACCACGCGGCGUGGUUCCUCCUCUCGGGCCUCUGCCUCACCGCCGGCGCCGCCUGCAUGUACGCCGUGCGCGCCCACACCCCCCUCGCCCACAUCCACGGCUUUGGCGCCCUGCUGGGGCUCGGCAUGGCCACCUCGCAGGCGGGGUAUGCGGUGGGCAACCAGCUCGUGCGGCCCGCGCGCGCGGCCGAGUUGAUUCAGUUUCUGAAUGUUAGUCAGGCGGCGAGCCAGCUGAUUGGGUUGGCAAUUGCGAGCGCGGUGUUUCAGACGCAGGCGGUCGGGGGGAUGAGAGCCGUGUUGGGGCCGUUGGGGUUUGGCGAGAAGGAGAUUCAGACGGCGGUGGCGGGGGCGAGGAGUGAUGUGCUGCAGCGGGUUGGGCCUGAGGUGAGGGCGCAGUGUAUUGAUAUUAUCGUGCAUGCCAUCUCGCAGUGUUGGUUGUUGGUUGUGGCGGCUGGUGCGGUGUAUACGCUGUGCUCGCUUUUCUUGACGCGGUCGAGGUGGAUUGUGCGGAAGAGUGAUGAGGAUGGGGUGGUGGUGGGGGAGAGCUCGGGUGGGAGCCGCGAGGGUUUGAAGAGGGCCUAA